GGACUCAGGGAAGCGCUUUCCGGGUUUCCCUUCCUGGGCUGGGACAGCGGCGAGAGGCGAAAAGCUCCGGCUAUUAACGAUAUUUCAAAGUUACGGACAGGCUCAUCAGAAAUCCCAUAAACAGUAGCGAUGUCUCAGUCUGGAGAGAAAGGGAAGUUCCCAGAUACAGCGGGUUAUGUAGGAUUCGCCAACCUCCCGAACCAAGUGCACCGGAAAUCUGUGAAAAAGGGGUUUGAGUUCACUCUCAUGGUUGUAGGGGAGUCUGGUUUGGGAAAAUCGACACUUAUAAACAGCCUGUUUCUCACUGAUCUCUACCCUGAGCGCUACAUCCCCGGUGCUGCAGAGAAGAUUGAGAGGACGGUGCAGAUCGAAGCGUCGACUGUGGAAAUCGAGGAGAGAGGAGUGAAGCUCCGUCUCACCGUUGUCGACACCCCUGGUUACGGCGACGCCAUCAACAGCCAGGACUGCUUCAAGACCAUCAUCCAGUACAUCGACAAUCAGUUUGAGCGCUACCUCCACGAUGAGAGCGGCCUGAACCGAAGACACAUAGUGGACAACAGGGUGCACUGCUGCUUCUACUUCAUUUCUCCAUUCGGACACGGUUUAAAGCCGCUGGACGUGGAGUUUAUGAAGGCCAUCCACAGCAAAGUUAACAUCGUCCCAGUCAUCGCCAAGGCUGACACACUGACACUGAGGGAGAGGGAUCGCCUGAAGAGGAGGAUCCUGGAUGAGAUCGCAGAGCACGGGAUCAAAAUCUACCAGCUACCUGACGCCGACUCUGACGAGGACGAGGAGUUCAAGGAGCAGACCAGAGUCCUGAAGGCGAGCAUUCCCUUCGCCGUGAUUGGCUCCAACCAGCUGAUCGAGGUGAAAGGGAAGAAGAUCCGCGGUCGUCUUUACCCCUGGGGAGUUGUCGAGGUGGAGAAUCCCGAGCACAAUGACUUCCUUAAACUACGCACCAUGCUUGUGACCCACAUGCAGGACCUCCAGGAGGUAACCCAGGACCUGCAUUAUGAGAACUUCCGCUCAGAGAGGCUGAAGAGAGCCGGCAGAGCUGUGGAUGAGGAAGUGGUUGAUAAGGACCAGAUCCUGCUCCAGAAAGAGGCUGAGCUGAGACGCAUGCAGGAGAUGAUCGCUCAGAUGCAGGCACAGAUGAAAAUGAAAUCAGACGAGUAAAAAGGUUGAGAGUCGUCGGGAAGCACGGUGACGCCAUCACACAAACAUAUCAAACACACAUCUGUCCAACGGUUCCUGCCGCCCUGCAGACCCUCCAGGAGCCCAGGACCAUCUGCACACUACCACCUCCUCUUCUUCUUCUUCUUCUUCUUCUUCUUCUUCUUCCCUCCAAACAUCCAUCCAUCAGCUGUUCUGGAGCUCCACUCUGAUGUCUUUUAACAUCUCGUCCAGUCUCCACAUAAAGUCCACAAUAAACCUAAGGGAGAGUGGACAAGAUGUUGGCGUGCUGGACGUUCAUCACGAUUACCCGCUACCUUAACUUAAAUCUUAAAUACUGUCAACGGUACUGAGAGUCUUUGCCAUCAUGCAACAUGUUUACAAAAGCACGAGUUUUGUUCAAGUUUAUUUUGCUGUCAGGUUUUUAAAUUGCAAGUAAAAAGCUGUUUCCUGCUUAUGAGUCGUUCGGCGCCUGUUUGCUUCGAGCUGAUGAUAACUUUAAAUACUCCUGCAGCUAAAGGUACGUGUGCUCGGUGUCCAGGACGAGGAAACACUCACAUAUUUGUUCCUAACUGUGUCACACUAACAGUAAAAACGCUAACGCCAGAUUGCUAUAAGGACUUUAGGAUCAAGUCAUACUUAUUGUUUUUGUAUUUAUCACCAGUGCCAAACUACAGACUGUAAACUAAUCAGAUUAUUCAGAACCGCAGCUCGUUAUGUGUCUGAGUUUGUCUCAUUGAUGUCGUUUAAUGUGUUCGUACACUACACGUGCAGUUUUGCUCUAAUCGUGCUUUCCCAUUUAGCUAAUGUGUAACGUUACUCUGUGUAAACGCCCUCCAGCUUUCUGUGAGCAGCAGACUAAACAUCCAGCUUCUCCUCAGCGCUGCAGUCUAACUGUGCCGCCUCCGACAGGCCGCUGGCAUCAUUGUGUUGUUUGUCAGUUGAACUCAAGGCAAACGUAAUUCUUAUUUCUUAACCAUGUGUCAGUAAAGCCUUGUUUUUAGUUGUCUACAUUUUUUUUUGUAUUUCUCUCUGAAAUAAAAUUUGUCUAGAGAACAAA